UCAUAGUCUACCCUUGUUGCUUAGUAAUCUGUGCUGACAUCCUGCAUAUGUAACAGCUGUUCCGCAAUAUUACUGCCGCGAUCGCCGUGAUUGCCAGUCACUCCGUGGCUGCCAGUUAGAACAUCGGUGUAGGUCCCUAUCGAGAUCCGUGGUUCAUAUAGUUUGCCUCGUUCGCAUUGUCGGAGUAGUCCUGUAUGGGGCAUAUUGCUCCUCACUUAUGUGUGUAUGUUCCUGCAGACCCGUAGGAUUGAACAAAUGAACUAAUUUUGUAUUGUAGUAUGGAGUUCAGUGAUGUGGAGUCUUGUGUUCAAGAUUUCUCAGAUCUUGGUGCGGAGUAUAAGGUUUUAGAAGAAUUAAACCGAGAAUAUAUUAACAAAUUGGAAGAAGUGGGCGAUCUCCAGGCGAAAUGUAUGAAAGGAAUUAAUCAUCAGAGAUAUCGUCUUGGAAUUGUUAAUCGCUCCAUUAAAACGUUGUCCAGAAAUAUCAGCACAAAUGAUGCAAAACAGGAUGCUAUCCGUGGGCUCGAAAAAGACUUAUUGCGACGGAUGGCUCAGUUACAUGAAAUGGAACAGUCUUUACCCAAACAAAAUGGACUGUACUUGAAGAUAAUUCUUGGAAAUGUUAAUGUAUCCAUUCUUAACAAGAAUGACAAGUUCCGCUACAAGGAUGAGUAUGAAAAGUUCAAGCUAAUUCUUAGCAUGAUUGGUUUUAUACUUUCUGUUGUGAAUCUUUUCACCAACUUCCGUGCACUCGAGUUGAGCUUCAUGUUUUUGUUGGUAUGGUACUACUGCACGUUGACAAUACGUGAAAGCAUCCUGAAGGUGAAUGGGUCACGUAUCAAAGGAUGGUGGCGUUUGCACCAUUUCAUCUCUACAGUUGUAUCAGGAGUUCUCCUUAUCUGGCCAAACACACGGGCAUGGUAUGAGUUCCGUGAACAGUUCAUGUGGUUCAAUGUCUAUAUCAGUGUGGUCCAGUACUUGCAGUUCCGUUAUCAGCAGGGUGUUCUCUACCGUCUAAAAGCUCUGGGUGAAAGGCAUAACAUGGAUAUCACUAUUGAAGGUUUUCACUCAUGGAUGUGGCGUGGUCUUAGCUUCCUUCUUCCAUUCCUUUAUGUAGGCUACAUUUACCAGCUUUACAAUGCCUAUACUUUAUACAAGCUGAUCUUCCAUCCUGAAGCCACCUGGCAGGUACCAGUGCUGUCUGCAUUGUUCUUUGUGCUGUUCCUUGGAAACACAGUGACGACAUCAAUGGUAAUACCUCAGAAACUUCAGGAACAAGUCAAACUUAAAUAUCAGUUGGUGGGACUUGAACGACUUUCUUGGGGUGGCAGUAAACAUCAUGCCUCCUCUCAGAAUCAAUCCAGUCCUACACAGAUGGAUGCACAUAGUGCCAGUCAUAACCAUGUUAAAUAUUUGCCAGAAGCUGGGUCUGUCAAAACCUCAUCUGAAGUGAAGAAGGAGCAGUAGCCAGUGCUCAUAACAGGUCUGUCAUUCUGUCUGCAGUGUUUAAAAAAGCAACUAAUUAAAUAACAGACUUUGGAUACAAUUGGCAUUGAUUUACUAACAGUGAUUUUGUUAGUACUAUGUGCAUGAUAAGAAUUCAAGCUAUAAAUUUAAUCCAUUUGACUUUUUCUACACUCUAGCAUACUUUAGGACUGUCAUGUUUAAUUACUCUGAAUAUGAGUAGCUGGAAAUAGUGCAUGUCACAUUUUCAUUUUCUGAUCAGUAGUGGUGUCCAUUCAUGUCACCUGUCAGUACUGUGGUCAGUGUUACACCAGCAAUGUAGUGAGCAAAUAACCAAACCAUGCUUCUGAGAAUUCUCUGGAUAUUAUGUUAUGUGAUUUAAUUCUCUUGUUUAUGACUGACUGAUAUUGAACAUAUAAUUUCCCUUAUGGAUGAAACAUGUAGUCCUUAUAUUUGCCAAUACCAGUUAUCAUUUCUCUAACUAAGACUAGGUUAUUGGAUAAGAAACAGUAGCCAUUACUCAGCAGAUCAGAAUUGCAGAGUGUACAGUAUAACGUUAUUAUUGUUAACAAGUGGGAACAACAUUUAUACUUGUAAUCAAUGUGUGUUUUUAUCUUUUUGUGCAUAUUGGGGCAAUUAAUGAACAUACAUGUAAUGUAACCUCUCGCACUCUUUGGGGAGAGAGCAAAAGUGUAAAUUUUUGUAUGCAGGAUGCAUAAGAUUGUUGUACACUUAAUGGGUUAUGACACCCGAUCAAGAGACUAUAAUUUUCUGCAGACACAUAAUUUUUGGGAUUGUUUGGGUUCUGAAUAGAGAACAGGAAUGAUAUUUAUUAGUAUAGUUCAUGAUUAUAUUUGUUUUCCAUUCUGUUUGUAUGUAAUGUCUAUAUGUGUAUAUAAAAUAUGUACUAGAAGUUGUAAGUUGAUUGUGAUGCCCAUAUGUAUAACAGUUAAGCACUUAAAUGAAGCACAAUGUUUUGCUCAAUGUUGUUUAAAGGCAACUGGUUUUUGGAAACCAUUGUCAGUGAAUUGUAAUAAAUCUGUGUCUAUAUGAUACAUUUUGUUUGCUAUUUUUGCUUUAAUUUCCAAAAAUAAAAGCAGCCUUCUGUAUUGUGUUAA